AUGCAGCAGUCAACGUUGCACUGCAUGACAUCCUAUAACUUCAACAUAACAAGAGGGGGGACGAUAGAAGUGAAUAGAUAUAUGAUGCCGACAAAUGAUUCUGAUGCAGUGUUUGUUGACGUCAUGCUGUAUUCUCCUGUAGCAUCUGAUCUUGCCGUAGUUGGGAGCAGCUUCUUUGCCACGCAAAAUAACUUUGUUCGGGGCUGGGGAAUCCACAGUUUUCGCGUCCCUGGCCAAGGAAGUUUUGUAGGCUACUUAAGGUUUAGAGGAAAAGCUUCACCUGAUUCUGUUGUUUUGAUUGACUCGUUUCGAUAUAUUGCACCAUCAUUCAACAAGGAUUUGUGUGUUAUAUAUAAAGAAGAUAAAUCUACCACAACUACUAAAGAACCUACAAUGACUACUACUGGACUACCGUCUACGACAUCUACUACUACGGAAUUACUACCACCAGCAUCGUCUACUACGCAACAACAAACUACAAAAAUAACGACUACGGAAAUUCCAAAUACAAAAGUUACUACCGUUGCACCAACAAUAACUACAAAAGCUGAAACAUCGACUACUAUAGUUACAACAACAAGGUCACCUACUGUAACACCGCGCCUCUCUAUAUCAAUUUUGCUUGUUAAAAUAAAGAAAUUCUUUAGGUAG